AUGUCAAAGCAUAGGCAAGUUUUUUUUUUUAAUUCAACGCGCACUGUGAACGAAAUGUUGGCGGUAACUUUUUAUUUUUUAUUAUUAUCCGGCGUUGGCUGUCUACACCUCGAGCAAGUAUUAAUUUUUAGUCGUCACAACAUAAGGGUUUCAUUUUCAAACCACAUAGAUGAAUACACGAACAAAAUAUUUCCGAAAUGGUCCAAAGAGCCGGGCCUGUUGACGGAAAAAGGAGCCUUAUUAGAAGGCUACAUGGGCGAAUAUCUAACGAAAUGGGUGAUAGAGAAUCAACUCUUACCCGGAACGUGUCCCGACACAGAAACUGUUUUGGUUUAUGCCAAUAAUACGGAAAGAACCAUAGCUACUGCAAAGGCGUUUGUCGAUGCCGCAUUCCCUGACUGUAAUAUAAACGUGAAUUAUGAAAAGGAUUUAAAAAAAUAUGACCUCACCUUUAAUUAUUAUAUUCAUAACACUACCGAGUCCUACAAACGAAAAGUUGUCGAAGAAAUCGAGGAAAUGCUCGCCAAAUAUAAACUAACAGAUGCCUACGAAGAAUUAGACAAGAUUAUCGACAUAAAACACUCUAAAAAAUGCGAAAGAGAAGGAUUCUGCGAUUUGGUCCACGACAAGAAUAUUAUACUUUAUCACAUUGGCGAGGAACUGGAGCUGAACGGACCUCUGACAAUAGGAAAUGAAGUAGUUGAUAAUUUUAUAAUGAGUUACUACGACGGACGUCCGCUGGAAGAAGUUGCGUGGGGAGAAAUCACUAGUCCCGAGCAAUGGAAAGUUUUAACUAAAAUAACGGCUAUGGAUGAACAAAUACGGUUUAAUAUUCCCUCAGCUGUCAAGGAUACUGCCCGACCUACGAUCAGAUAUAUAAGAUCUAUAUUCACGAAUGAAAAUAUUAAAUUUGCUUUGCUCGUGGGCCACGAUGUGAAUUUGAACUUAAUAACCAACGCUUUAGGUUUCAAUCCGUUUGUGCUAAAGGAGCAGUACGAGCCGUACCCGGUAGGCGGGAAGAUUAUAUUUCAAAAAUGGAAGGACGUGGCCGGUGAUUAUUAUUUGAAAGUAGAAUACGUUUAUCUGUCUUGGGAUCAAAUAAGAGAUGGCGUUAAAAUCAAUUUUCAAAACCCGCCAUUACGAGUAACACUGGGGAUCAAAGAUUGCGCGAUCGAUAAAAAUGGUCUAUGUCCGUGGAAUGAUUUCAUGAAAUUAAUAAAUAAGUAUUAAAAAUUUCAUUAAUCACUAAUUUCCUACUUAAUGUGUAUGUGUAUAAAACGAAAUAAACACGUUAUUUUAAGUGAAUUAUGCAUAUUGUUUCUGCUGUACUGCAGUAUAUUCGGAACCUUCGGAAGUUCAAAGAAUAUAGUGACCCGUGUGCUUAGUGUGAGUUUUUUAACGUUCUCGAUAGCGUAAAAGUAACUCAAAGUAUGCAGUUGAAACAGCGCCCCUAGCGGCAAAACUUGCACUAAGAACACUGAGCUUAGAUUACUGCUAGAGGUAAUACUGGUUUCACAUACUCGUGUUUGUGCUUAAUCGUGAGUCUUUGGAAAGUAUCUGAGAUACUGAAUUUUUAAAAAUUAAUAUGAAAAUACUGGCCGGUUCAUAACUUAGUUCACUCUACUAACAAAUUGAGAGCGAUAAAACUCGUAUUUGACGUCAAUAGGCUUAGUUAAUAUUGAAUGUAAGGUGCCGAUCGUAUUUGAAGACAAUGUAGGGUUUUUAUAGUUAAAAAUAGCGAUAAAUAAAAAAGCAGCUUGUAAGCUCCGACACGCAACUGAACACAUUACUUUUUAAGCGGGUUUAUUACUAUAUUAAUUAUAUAUGUCGACGCAAGUCCAUGAUAAUUAACAAAUGUAAUUGUUCUGAUUAUGAUAUCAAUCAUUGUGUCGAAUAAAUUGGUUGUUUUUAGUUAUUAAUUAGUGUUAUGAUUUUUGGAAUGUGUUUUGCGUUAGAAUAAAACCUAAAAUUAAUUGAUGAAAUUAUUAUGAGUUGUUUAACAGUCGAAACAUUCGUCGCCAUUUGUAGACCGGAUGUUUCAACUUUGAUUAAGAUUUAAAAAUUAAUUGAAUUGUUCAUAAUUACUUUCGAAAUGUUUAAUUAGUUUACGAAUUAUUUUUGUAAUUAAAAUUAAUCAUUUAAAGAAGUAGCAAUUUAAAUAGUGCGUUGACGUUUUCCCGCCCAACGCCAUCUUUUAGUGUUUAAUUUCGCUGGCGCACGAAACUACGAUAGACGAAUGUCAAAAUACUUUUUGUUCGAGCGCCGGGCGGUGAAGACGUGGUGAGCUGGUGUAUUAUAUCUUGUGAGUACCUACCUAUUGUUUUAUUAUAAUUGUGAUUAUAAAACUAUUACUUUGAGAACCCUCUGGUGUCUUGUAAAAUAAAUUGUUUAGUGUGUUUCUGGUUGUGUUUUAUUGUUUGCGAUGAGUGCGCUGAAUAGUGAAGGCAGUGACGUUAGCAAUGCUGACGUCACUGCUUUUAAAAG